CAGACUUUUGAAUCAGAAUAAACACCUUCAGGUCUCGGAGGCUUCUGGCUCUGAACUGCCUUCACUGCUGUCGCCUUCUUCUGUCUAAUGUGCUACAAGGAUGAGCCCAGCAUUUGGAGCUAUGGAAGUGGAGCACUAUUCCAAGGGAGUCCUGCUCGAGCCUUUUGUCCACCAGGUUGGAGGACACUCGUGUGUCCUCCGGUUUAAUGACAAGACCAUCUGUAAACCCCUUAUUCAGAGGGAACACCAGUUCUAUGAGACUCUCCCAACAGAAAUGCGUAAAUUCACUCCGCAAUAUGAGGGUGUGGUGUCAGUGAGCUUUGAAGAGGAUGAAGAUGGAAAUUUAUGUCUAAUAGCAUAUCCACUAAAUGGGGACCACGAUAAUUUAGAAAACUUAGAUAAUUCUGACUGUGAACCCAAAAGUAAGCUGUUGCGAUGGACUAACAAAAAGACAAUGUUGUUAGAAAAUGAGAAGAUAUCUAAGGAAUGGGUCCGACAGCAUAGGAAAGAGGAAAAAAUGAAAAGUCACAAAUUGGAGGAAGAAUUUGAGUGGCUGAAGAAAUCUGAAGUUUUGUAUUAUACUGUAGAGAAAAAAGGAAAUGUCAGUUCACAGUUCAAACACCAUAAUCCUUGGAGCAUGAAAUGUCACCAGCAGCAGUUACAGCGGAUGAAGGAAAAUGCAAAACACCGGAAUCAAUAUAAAUUCAUUUUGCUGGAAAAUCUAACAUCUCGAUACGAAGUACCAUGCGUGUUGGACCUUAAGAUGGGAACCCGACAGCACGGAGAUGAUGCUUCAGAAGAGAAGAAGGCUAAUCAGAUUCGCAAGUGUCAGCAGAGUACAUCAGCUGUUAUUGGAGUCAGAGUUUGUGGCAUGCAGGUCUACCAGGCAGGCACUGGCCAGCUAAUGUUCAUGAAUAAAUACCAUGGAAGAAAACUCUCAGUCCAAGGAUUUAAAGAAGCACUUUACCAGUUCUUUCAUAAUGGCAAAUACCUGCGCAGGGAACUCUUUGAAUCUGUUAUUAAAAAACUGACUGAACUCAAGUCUGUCCUAGAGAAACAGGAGUCUUACCGCUUCUAUUCAAGCUCCUUGCUGAUCAUUUAUGAUGGAAAGGAAAGGCAGGAAGUUGCUGUUGACUCAGACCCAGAGGACUUAGAGGACCUUUCAGAGGAAUCUUCAGAUGAGUCAGCAGGAGCAUAUGCCUACAAACCAACUGGUAGUACUGUUGAUGUCCGUAUGAUAGACUUCGCCCACACAACCUGCAAGUACUAUGGAGAAGACAGCGUGGUGCAUGAGGGCCAAGACACGGGUUAUGUUUUUGGACUUCAGAAUUUAAUAGAUAUUAUUAAAGAAAUAAGAGACGAAAGUAGCGAAUAAACAGUGUUGAAUGCACAUCGGUAGAAAGCACUAUUGUGACUCUUUGUAUUCCACGAUUAUUGGCCACUUUCUGGUGGUAGGAAUCUUGACAGGCUCUGCAGGGAUGGUCCUGUCAGAGUCAGACUUGUUCAGAGGGCAUUUACUUAUAUUGGUGCUGGACCUAGCACUGGCAAAACUUGGUAUCCUUAUUUAUUUUAACUUUCUUAAACAUUCCAUAUUUGAUUACUCAGAUACCUCUGUUAUCCCUGUGUGUAUACGUUCCAAUAAAAUUCUUUUUGUUCAUUGUAA